AAUGGAGGAAAAUAAUAAUAAUAAAAAGAAGAAGAAGAGAGAAAGAAGUUUUGUCAGUUUAGCACCACAAUUCAUUCAAACAAUUUUCAAUAUACUAAAGCGAGAAUGUCUUUCAAUUUUAAUACAAAAUAUUUAUUUAUUUUCUUAA